ACUCUAUGACAAUAUGGCAGCUCUCUAGCUUUCUGCUAUGAAAUCUGUCAUAACACAGUGAAAAAGAAAUGUUUGCCGAGUUUCUAGGAACAUACUAUGUGUAAAGAAAUGAACUAUAAUAAAAUUAUACCUGUAAAAUCUGAACCACUAGAUGAAAUAUUUGUUAAGGUGGAGCUCAAGGAAGAGACGGGGGAACGCGGAGAGGGCGCAGCGCAGAGGACGGGCCUACCCCCGCUGUGCUGCGAUGCAGAAGACAAGCUAUCCAGUAAUUGUGCUGUGGACUUGAGCUGCCAGGCAGAAGUCGCGGGGAGCCUGGUUCGCGGGUGUCCCAGAGAGGGGGGUGGUCUGCCGUCUGUCCCUCGUCCUGCCAGCACGUACAGAUGUGCGGAGUGCGGAAAGCUCUUCGACCGGAAGUGCAACCUCGUGCAACAUGUUCGAACCCACGAGGAUCGACCGCUGCCCCGCUGCAAGACGUGCAGCAGAUCGUUCACCAGCAGGAAGUCGCUCGUCGAACACACCAGAGGGCACACGGGGGAGCGGCCCUUCAGCUGCCGGGAGUGCCCCAGGUCGUUCGCGCGGGGAAGUUGUUUUCGCAAGCACGUCAGGACUCACGCCGGGGACAACCCCUGCUGCCAGAUGUGCGGCAAGUCCUUCACGUGCGUGCAGAGCUACACCGAGCACUACCGCAGUCACACCGGGGAGCGCCCGUUCACUUGCGGCGUGUGUUCCAAAACAUUCUCUAGGAAGAGCGUGUAUCGCACGCACCUCAAAACUCACACCACCGAGUACGCUUUCUGCUGCCACGUGUGCGGCAAGCGAUUCACCACGAAAAGCUACCUCGUCAUCCACAGUAAAACACACAUGGAAGAGCUUUUGUUCAGUUGUAAAAUUUGUGAGAAAUUGUUCACCAGCAAGCAGAAGUUGGUCUUUCAUCAUAGAUCUCACACCGGAGAACGCCCUUUCUUUUGUAAUAUUUGCUGCAAGUCGUUUUCGCGCAACGACUGCCUGGUGAGGCACGUGAGAUCUCACACGGGAGACAAACGUUUCAGCUGUGGUGUGUGCGGCAAAGCUUUCGUCCAGAAGAACGAACUUGUCAGACACAUCAGAACGCAUAGGUGAGACUGGAAAUCUUCCUGCUUCUAGAUGCCAAAUCAGGAUUUGUGUAUGUGGAGUAACUUACUCUUUUUUUGAGAUUACGCCUGGUUAAUGUUGUUUAUAACCAUAACUUUUAAUAUAGAUAUGAAUGUAAGGCCUAGGCCUCAGUUCAGGUUUGAGUCGGUUGUACUCAAAACAUGUGGCUGCAAGGUAUGCGACGGAUAUUCUGCAAAUCGGUUUCAUACAAGUAAUUUUUAUUUUGUGUUGAAAUGAAAAAUUUAUAUACCAAACAAUUUAAACACAGGUGACUUAUAUUUGCUGUGAUGUUUGGUCAUGUAAACAUUCAGUAAACUGCAGUGUAUUUGUGCUGAAA